AUGGAGACGCCUGACGAGGAGUUCGCCCGAGAAUUGACCCGGAUUGACUGGGUCAUGUACAACUCGUUCCGGGCGCGUGAUCUGGUCCGCCAUGUCAGCCUUUCAGGCAUAGACAAGGACAAGAUCAAGAGCCUGGCGAACGUCAACCGCAUGAUCAAGCAGUUCAACAACCUCGCAUUCUUCGUAGCGAGCAUGAUCCUCCUACGAGAUAAGCCCAAACACCGCGCGAAGGCGAUGGAAAAGUUCAUGAACAUCGCAGUGAAACUCCGCCGCCAAAACAACUAUAACUCCCUGGGUGCCGUAAUCGCCGCCAUAAACGGCACACCAGUCCACCGCCUAACGCAAACUCGUGAACUGAUCCCCAUCCCAGUCCAGAAAGAGUUCAUGCGCUUGGUUAUCCUUAUGAGCACGCAAAGAAGUCACUUCGCCUACCGCCUUGCCUGGGAAAACUCGUUCUCCGAGCGAAUCCCCUUCCUUCCUCUCCACCGUCGUGACCUUGUCUCUGCCGAAGAAGGCAAUAAGACUUUUGUUGGCGAGAACAAGUCUCGCAUCAACUGGAAGAAAUUCGAGGUCAUGGGUGAGGUUGUUCUCGGUGUUCAACGUAGCCAGAAGGCUCCUCAUCCCCAGGCGCAGAAGUUCGAUGAUGUCGAACGUCUGCUUCUGGAAUCGAAGCUCUCUGGGGACGAAGAGGACUUGUAUGCUCGCAGCUUGCACGUCGAACCGUCCACAGGAGCCGAAGGGCGAAGGAAGUUCGGCUGGCUACGCUCUUAGGAGGUCUGAGAGCCCAGUCACAGCUCUCAGUCUCACGCCACCUAUAUUGACCGACUUUCACGUCCCUCUUAGCAUCCUCCACCUCCCCACCCCACGCCACCCCUCCUCUUACCUCCCCUACCCUACCAACCUUCUCAUGUCGCCACGCCCCUCUAUGAUUGAUAAACAUUGCUACUAUUCUUUGCCUGCUUUUCGUUAUGAACUCAGUUCCCGAGGGAACAGAUAUGACGCUUGGAGCGGCGAACAUCUAAAAAAAAAGCUCCCCUACGACGUUUUUGUACAUAUGCGCCUGCAGAGUAUACAUACCUGAUUUUCCCUGGCAAGUGGGGCUUUCCUAUCUGAGCAGCGGCUUUUACG